ACCCGGGAGAGCGCGCUGCCACAGAGGCAUUGCAGACUGCGCGUUAGGGAGGUGUAGUGGAAGAAAGGCAAAGAAACGGAGUAAAUGAGAGCACUUUGUCCAGAUUGUUAGAGGACUUAUCAACUUAAAAUACCGACGAAACUGCUCACUAUAAUGAGACGGACACACUGUUGAAUUCCUGUCCAGAAUAGGUAACCAUCAUUGAGAAGGCGGCUGUAAACCCCAGGAACCCGUCUCCAGGCUCCUGCACAGGGCUGAGUGAAGGACACUUGGGAAACAAAGCUGUGUCUCUCCCUGUGGGAAACCUGGAUCCUCCACCCCGCACACCAACAUGACCAAUGUGGUGAUUGUCAAGGAGGGAUGGCUGCAUAAAAGAGGAGAAUACAUCAAGACCUGGAGGCCGAGGUACUUUCUCCUGAAGAGUGAUGGUACAUUCAUUGGUUACAAAGAGCGACCGCAAGAUGUUGACCAGCUGGAAACCCCCUUAAACAACUUUUCUGUUGCACAGUGCCAGCUGAUGAAGACGGAACGGCCCAAGCCCAACACAUUUAUCAUCCGCUGCCUGCAGUGGACCACUGUCAUCGAGCGCACCUUCCACGUGGAGACCCCCGAGGAGAGGGAAGAAUGGACUAAAGCCAUCCAGACAGUGGCUGAAGGCCUGCAGAAACAGGAGGAGGAGAUGAUGGACUCCUCUCCAGACCCCAUGGACAUGGAGGUCUACCUGACCAAAAUCAGACACAAAGUGACUAUGCACGACUUUGAAUACCUCAAACUCCUGGGAAAAGGCACUUUUGGAAAAGUCAUCCUGGUAAAGGAGAAGGCCACAGGACGCUACUACGCCAUGAAGAUCCUUAAGAAGGAGGUGAUCGUAGCGAAAGAUGAAGUGGCACACACACUCACAGAGAACAGAGUCCUCCAGAAUUCAAAGCAUCCGUUCUUGACAGGCCUGAAAUACUCCUUUCAGACACAUGACCGUCUGUGCUUUGUAAUGGAGUAUGCCAAUGGGGGCGAGCUUUUCUUCCAUCUAUCAAGGGACCGUGUGUUCUCAGAGGAGAGGGCUCGGUUCUAUGGUGCAGAGAUUGUGUCAGCGCUGGACUACCUGCAUGCUGAAAGAAAUGUGGUCUAUAGAGAUCUAAAGCUGGAAAACCUCAUGCUCGACAAAGACGGACACAUAAAGAUCACAGACUUCGGCUUGUGUAAAGAGGGGAUCAAAGAUGGCGCCACGAUGAAGACUUUCUGCGGGACACCAGAAUACCUAGCACCAGAGGUGCUGGAAGACAACGACUACGGCCGUGCUGUGGACUGGUGGGGUCUCGGGGUGGUGAUGUACGAGAUGAUGUGCGGCAGGCUGCCUUUCUACAACCAGGACCACGAGAAGCUGUUUGAGCUCAUCCUCAUGGAGGACAUUCGCUUUCCUCGCACGCUCGGCCCCGAGGCACGCUCACUGCUCUCCGGCCUGCUCAAGAAAGACCCAAUGCAGAGGUUAGGUGGAGGGCCUGAUGAUGCUAAGGAAAUCAUGCAGCACAAGUUCUUCGCAGGAAUUGAAUGGCAGGAUGUCUACGAGAAGAAGCUGGUCCCACCGUUUAAGCCCCAAGUUACCUCAGAGACGGACACACGGUAUUUCGACGAGGAGUUCACGGCACAGACCAUCACCAUUACGCCACCCGGACAAGAUGACAGUAUGGAAUCCUUCGACAGUGAGCGGAGACCACACUUCCCCCAGUUUUCCUACUCUGCCAGCGGGACGGCCUAAACAACUCAAAUACAUUCCUCUGGUCCUGACAUCUCCCCCCUCACCCCAUCCGACUGCACUCUCAAAAAGACCGGGGGACCGCAGCCCCGUCCUCCCUGCAUUGUCCGCGGAUGCUGUCGGUGGAUGUUACAUUUACAGUCUGCAACAUGCGUGUUUUCCAGGAAGGAGGAAAUCCAAGAAGAAACAAAGAUAACUGUGGUGGUUCUGAGGCCUUUGAAGACUGACCACACUGAGUUAACACUACUCUUCAUUUCCUGGUUGUUAUGUUGUACACUGAGCAGGCAUCCAUACACCAUAAUGAACAGGGAAAUGUAGUUUUGUUAUGAACAAAUUAGGCCACUGAUGUGAAUUUUGAAAAGGGCCAUUUUUUUUUGUAUUAAAAUUAUACAACUGAAUAUCAAUCAUUUCAAACAGAAACAGGCAGACUGUGGACCAAAAGCGUCAUCUGAGCAGCGAGUGUGUUGUUUGUUGAGUGGGUAAUGAAUCCAUGUUUUCCUCUCUAAGACUCCUGAACAAUUCAAAAACCAGACGUCGACACAUUUUUGGGCUCAAAGUGAAUGUACCGUAUCAAAUAAAGUUGAUCUUUCUGCAUAUGCAUGUGGCUGAUUCUCCUCAAAACUGAAAUCUUCUGGAGAGGAUUUUCUUUUUCUUUUUUUUAAUCACUUUUUUUCUACUUCCCUGAUGCAAAACUGACACCAAUCAGUCUGUUGUAUUUUCAUCUUUCACCUUGAUGAGUCUGAUUAAUCAAUUGUGCAAUACAGUGUGAGGUAGGGGAAAGAAUGCAGAGUGAUUAAUCAUUAAAGUAAAGACUCUCCUGCUUUUGGAUUUCCUCUUAACUGUUUGCACACCAGAGUCCCUGAGAAAAACAAGUGUUCUGUUCAGGAUCAUAAAAAAAAAAAAAGCUCCUCUCACAUCCCCCUGAAGCAAGUGCUUCUAGCUGCUGAUGCCUUCCUCUCUGGAUGCUGUGCUGCAGACUCCUGGUUUCUCUCUUCUGUUCUUUCAGGUUUUUUCCUCCAUGUACAGUUCAGUAUUGGGUGUUUUUUUUCCACCCAGUGCAUUCACUGCAGCCUCAAUGAGGUCACUUUAACAUGAUUCACUUCUUUAGGAAUACUUUGCAAACAAAUGGUGCUUCAAGGGGGGGAAGAGUCAUCUUUGUUACAUCAGGGGAUGUGUGUCCCUUUUUUUUUUUUUAACCUUUUGAGUUAUUUAUGAGACCAGCAUUGACUAAAAUGAGUUUUACUGUGCCAAUGAUAUGCACUUUGCUGCCCCCAAAAAGAUUGUAUUUGGACUCUUAUUUGUGCUUUAUGGUUGGUAAAGACUAAAUUGGCAUAUUUUUAUAAUGUAAAAAAAAAAUGGAAACAAACCAGAAAUGCUUGUUUGAACGAUGACUCCCCCUUUUACAGACAGCUGAGGCUCUUGGGAACUGAAGCUCUUGUUUCAAAACAUACUGAGAAGUUUCCAGGAGCGUUUUCAACAUUUU